AUGGAUGGUGCCGUGGGGUUUCGGGGGCUGCUGUACGUGUGCCUGGUGUCCCUCCUUGCCCUGCAGGCCAUGCCUGCUCCAGGGUCGGACACAGGCACGUCCAAGGGCAGCAAGAAGCGACAGACUGUGGAUACAACUGUCGAUGGCGUGUUCAUCCGGAGUUUGAAAGUCAACUGCAAAGUCACCUCUCGCUUUGCCCACUACGUCAUCACUAGCCAAGUGGUCAACACUGCUGAUGAAGCCAGGGAAGUGGCCUUUGAUGUGGAAAUCCCCAAGACAGCUUUCAUCAGUGACUUUGCCAUCACAGCAAAUGGGAAUGCCUUUGUUGGGGACAUACAGGACAAAGUGACAGCAUGGAAGCAGUACCGGAAAGCAGCCAUCUCAGGAGAGAAUGCUGGCCUUGUCAGGGCCUCGGGGAGAACUAUGGAGCAAUUCACCAUUCACCUCACCAUCAGUCCCCAGAGCAAGGUCACAUUUCAGCUGACCUAUGAGGAGGUGCUGAAGCGAAUCCUUAUGCACUAUGACAUUGUCAUCAAAGUCAAGCCCAAGCAGCUGGUGCAUCAUUUUGAGAUCGAUGUGGACAUCUUUGAGCCGCAGGGGAUCAGCAAGCUGGAUGCACAGGCCUCCUUCCUCCCCAAGGAACUGGCAGCCCAAACUAUUAAGAAGUCCUUCUCAGGGAAAAAGGGUCAUGUGCUCUUUCACCCUACUGUGGGUCAGCAGAAGUCCUGCCCCACAUGCUCUACAUCCUUGCUGAAUGGGGACUUCAAGGUGACCUACGAUGUCAACCGAGACAAGCCCUGUGAUCUCCUGGUGGCCAAUAAUUACUUUGCCCAUUUCUUCGCCCCUCAAAACUUGACAAACAUGAACAAGAACCUGGUUUUUGUGAUUGAUAUCAGUGGCUCCAUGCAAGGCCAGAAAGUGAAGCAGACCAAGGAGGCACUUCUUAAAAUCCUGGGGGACAUGCGGCCAGAGGACUAUUUCGACCUGGUCCUCUUUGGGUCUCAUGUGCAAUCAUGGAGGGGCUCACUGGUGCAAGCAUCCGAGGCCAAUCUGCAAGCAGCUCGAGACUUCGUGCAGCAUUUCUCCCUGGAUGAGGCCACAAACCUGAAUGGGGGUUUGCUGCGGGGAAUUGAGAUCUUGAAUAAAGCUCAGGAAAGCCACCCAGGACUCAGCAACCAUGCCCCGAUUCUCAUCAUGUUGACAGACGGUGACCCCACAGAGGGGGUGACGGACCGUUCCCAAAUCCUCAAGAACAUCCGCAAUGCCAUCCGGGGCAGGUUCCCGCUCUACAACCUGGGCUUUGGCCACGAUGUGGACUUUAACUUCCUGGAGGUCAUGUCCAUGGAGAACAACGGACGAGCCCAGAGAAUCUAUGAGGACCGUGAUGCUGCCCAGCAACUGAAGGGCUUCUACAACCAGGUAGCCAACCCCCUGCUGGUGGAUGUGGAGUUGCAGUACCCCCGGGAUGCCAUCUUGGCCCUGACCCAGCACCGCCAUAAACAGUACUAUGAAGGCUCAGAGAUCGUGGUGGCAGGGCGCAUUGCUGACCACAAACUGGACAGCUUCAAGGCUGAUGUGCAGGCCCGUGGGGAGGGACAAGAAUUCAAGAAAACCUGCCUGGUGGAUGAGGAAGAGAUGAAGAAGCUGCUCCGAGAGCGUGGCCACAUGCUGGAGAACCACGUCGAGCGCCUCUGGGCCUAUCUCACCAUCCAGGAGCUGCUGGCUAAGAGGAUGAAGGUAGAGGGGGAAGAGAAGGCCAACCUGUCAUCCCAGGCCCUGCAGAUGUCACUGGACUAUCAGUUCGUGACCCCGCUGACCUCCAUGACCAUCAGGGGCAUGGCAGAUGAGGAUGGCCUGAAGCCCAUCAUUGAUAAGCCCACAGAGGAUUUUCUGCCCUUGGAGAUGCUGGGACACAGAAGGACGUUCAUGCUGUCAGCCUCGCAGCCUCCUCACACCAGCUCCAACUCCAGUAUCCCACGGUUGCCGAACCGAGUGACCGGUGUGGACACUGACCCCCACUUCAUCAUCUACGUGCCCCAGAAAGAGGACACCCUGUGCUUCAACAUCAACGAGGAGCCUGGUGUGAUCCUGAGCCUGGUACAGGACCCUGACACAGGCUUUUCGGUGAACGGGCAGCUCAUUGGCAACAAGGCGAGGAGCCCUGGGCAGCACGAGGGCACAUACUUCGGGCGGCUGGGGAUCGCAAACCCUGCAACGGGCUUCCAGCUGGAAGUGACUCCUCAGAACAUUACUCUGAACCCCGGCUGGGGUGGGCCUGUGUUCUCCUGGAGGGACCAGGCUGCACUGCGGCAGGAUGGGGUGGUGAUGACCAUCACCAAGAAGAGGAAGCUGGUGGUGAUUGUGGACAAUGGGGCCACCUUUGAGGUCAUCCUUCACCGAGUAUGGAAGGGGAGUGUGGCUCCCCAGGACUUCCUGGGCUUCUACGUGCUGGAUAGUCAUCGGAUGUCGGCCCGGACGCAUGGGCUUCUGGGACAAUUCUUCCACCCCUUUGAUUUUGAAGUGUCUGACCUCCACCCAGGCUCCAAUCCCACAAAGCUAGAUGCCACAAUGAUGGUGAAGAACCGCCGGCUGACGGUCACCAGGGGAUUGCAAAAAGACUACAGCAAGGACCCCCGGCAUGGGACCGAGGUGACCUGCUGGUUCGUCCACAACAAUGGAGCUGGACUGAUCGAUGGCAUUCACACUGACUAUAUCGUCCCCGACAUCUUCUGAGCCCUCUAGCUGGCACUCCUGUCCUCCCUUGGGACCAUAGCAGAGGAGGAGGACAGCAUCCUGACCU